GUUCGGGCCUCCGACGAGUUGGACUGAGACCGUGAUGGCGGCGCAGUGACGUCUUGGUGACGGUUCUAGUCGCGUUUGAAGACGGACUCGGCUGGCUGCACGUUAGCUGGCCGCCGCGCGAGGUGCAGUCGACCAUCGGCCAUCGACGCUCGAGCCCCCGCCGCGGCCCGUCGGCCGCAUCAACGCGCUAAAACCAAGAGGCGUCGCGCGCGCCGAGAUGUUCUACAGUCAGGCGUUGGACGCGGGCGAGUCGCUCAACUUGCUGCAAAAAUCGCCGAUUGGCGCCAGAGAAAAGCGAAGGCAACUAGUGAUGCCCAGCUUCCGGUCGCUAGUGUCUUCGUCGCCGUCGGCUGCGCCAGUCGCCGUACAGCAGCCGCUGAAGGCGGCUAAACUCGCCAUGGGAUCCGCGGCCAGCAGCAGCAGCCCCCUGGAAGCAAACAACACAGGGGAGGAGUCCCCCUCGGUGGGGCCCACGAGUAGACUGAUUGCCCCCAGGCCUGCCAUUAUUCCCUCCCUUGCCUCGCCAAAGCGGCCAAUGAAAAGAGACUCGUCAUGCGGGAGUCUGCUGUUGGGACUGCGGCCCUCUCUCAACCCUGGCAGGUCCAGUUUGUCCAUGAGAAAGUGCGAAACCGUAAUGGCCCUAUCGUCAUUGGAGCCAAUCAAGCCGCUCAACAGGCUGCGCGUGGCGUCGUCGCGGAAUUUGCACUGUUCGCGCUGUUCCAGUUUGGCUUCAAUGCGGUUCAGCUCGCGCUACUCAAUCAACACGGUGGUCGAGUCACCAACAACUCAAAAUCUGCUCUGCAAAAUCUGCCUGACCGAAGUGCCUCAAGCGCAAACCACCACUCUGCAGCUGUGCCAGUGUGUUUUCUGCACAGAGUGCUUAAGGCAGUACGUCAGUUUCGAGAUCCAGGAGGCAGCCUACGACAUCGCAUGUCCAGACGCAGGUUGCGAGAAGCAAGGCGUCCUUGGCCUCCAGGAAAUCGAAUCAUUAGUUAGCACCGAUCUCAUGGAAAAGCACCAAAAGUUCAGAUUAGACAAAGAGGUAGACUUGGACUCGGGCCGAACGUGGUGUCCGCGCGCUGGCUGUGAAACCAUCUGCACCAUCUGCCCUGGGUGUCAGCCGCAGUGCGUCAGCUGCCCAUCAUGCAGCGACGCCUUCUGCUCAAGCUGCAAGAAACCUUGGCACCCUGGAGCCCAGUGCAGUCUGGAAAAGAGUGAGAGCUCGUUGAUAUUCGACCCCGAGAGAAUCAAACUCUGUCCUAUGUGCAAAGUGCCGAUCGAGAAGGACGAGGGUUGCGCCCAAAUGAUGUGCAAGCGGUGCAAACACGUCUUCUGCUGGUACUGCCUCGCCUCCCUUGAUGACGACUUCCUCUUGCGCCACUACGACAAGGGACCGUGCAAAAACAAGUUGGGCCAUUCAAGGGCGUCGGUGAUCUGGCACCGGACGCAGGUGAUCGCCAUCUUUGCCGGCUUUGGCAUUCUGUUGCUGGUGGCGUCUCCGCUGCUCUUGCUGGCCGCGCCCUGCAUCGUCUGCUGCAAGUGCCGCGUCUGUCAGGAAAAGUACGACGAGACAUCAGAGAACGCGGCCACCAACCCUGAGUCGGAGCACUUGCAACCCAACCCGCUAUGAGAGUAUUUUCUGUUGUUUCAUAUGCGUCUGUUGAGCAGAAACAAUUUGCUGAUGUAUUUUUGUAAAAAAAAAACUGGUGGUUUCCGACUUGUUUGCGUUAUGUGAUUGCAAUCAGACGAGCAGGUGUGCGACUUCCAGCGACAUCCGCGUUGCAGGUCUCAAAGCGUUUAGUUAGAUUUUGCUGAGAGACUGAGAAAGAUUCGACCAGGCCUGCAAUUCUGAUGAUCCGCGAGUUCCAUCCUCAAACCAUUUUAUCCACAGCUUUGGUGACGCGCUAAAAUUGCUUGGAUAUUUUAAGAUGCAUGCGUACUUACAGGCUGAUUUAGAAAACGGAAUCGUACAUUGAACUCUUUGAAAUCCAAGGGCAAUAACUUGCUUUAUGCUGAUAACAUCGUGAUUGGUGCAUGAGGCAAAGGCACCGCGCGAAUUUAUCUAUCUAACUCUUGCCACUUUGAAUUUCUCCGCCCAAAUCGCGCUCUCGUGAAUUUUCUGUACUUAAAUGUGAUGUCGAUUAUUAUGAAAUAUAUUACCGCCGCAGUUAACCAAACAGAUCGGUGUUGAGCGUGUAUGCGAUUGAUUUAAAAACUUUCCAUUAGUUAAUACAACGGCAGAAAAGUGACAGAUACAUGUGAAAUACAUACAAAUCUUAUUCUUUAGUUUGUGCGUUGAAAAUGAAUACAACUGUUUAUUUUAAUAUUCAAUAUUUAUAACGUGAUAUUUUAAAUACUAUGCUUUAGCGCAGUUGAAUUGUACUUAUCGUACCGAGGACAAACUCUGUCGCAUGUGUGUUGAGGUGAAACAUUGUUCCUACAUGAUCUUGUGCGUACUUUGAGAAGGGAUGUCAAUCAUGUGAACAGAACUUGCAGUUGAUUUGGUCGAAACUGUGAAAAUGGUGUAUUGAAUGGAAGGUAUAAAGAGACCAUUUAAAUAUUGUACAUGAUCACCACGUUAAAUAAUAAUGUGUAUGUCUUUGAUAUUAUUUAAUCGCUUCAAAAAUGGUUUUCGUAAAUAAAACGUAAUUCAAUUGCAAUCACUAA